UUAGACGCAAUCGACGCAUACUUUCUGAGUAAACCUGCCAAAAAGAAGACCUAACGAGUCGUUUUCACCGGAGUUGUUCUGAGUCUGCCACUCUCUACCACUAAAGGUUACAGUUUGUGCUCUUUCGCUAGGGUUGUAUCAAUGGAGAAAGAAAAAGAUGCUUUCUAUGUUGUCAGGAAGGGAGAUAUCGUCGGUAUAUACAAGAGUUUAAGCGAUUGCCAAGCCCAAGUUGGAAAUUCUGUAUGUGAUCCUUCUGUUAGUGUAUUCAAAGGAUAUUCUUUGGCUAAAGAGACCGAGGAAUAUCUUAAUGCGCGUGGUCUUCAGAAGGCCACCUAUACCGUCAAUGCAGCAGAUGUAAAUGAGGACCUCUUUAAGGAUCUUGUACCUUGUCCCUUUCAGCAACCACCUUCCUCCAAAGGAAAAUUACCAGUUAAAGUUUUCCCACAAAAGAGAUCACAUGAAAUGUUGCAAUCAGGCAAUAUAGUAGCUCAAAUAAAUGGUUCUAGCUUUCAUGCAAUGGGUCCGAGCAAGAUAAUCAAACAUGAAAGUUCUGUACCGGAACAAAAGGGUUUAUGCAUAGUUGAAUUUGAUGGUGCUGCUAAAGGAAAUCCUGGACCAGCUGGUGCUGGAGCAGUACUUCGAGCUGAGAACGGGCAAGUGCUCUGUCGAUUGCAUGAAGGUGUUGGUAUUGCAACCAAUAAUGUGGCUGAAUACCGGGCGGUGCUUUUAGGGGUGAAACACGCCCUUCAGAAAGGUUUCAAACGAAUUUCUGUGCAAGGUGAUUCGAACCUCGUAGUUAAUCAGGUUCAGGGUAAAUGGAAAUGCAAGAAUGAUAACAUGGCAAUGUUCUGCAAGCAAGUUAAGGAACUUAAGGAUAAGUGUGUCUCUUUUGAGAUCAAACAUGUUUAUAGGGAUUUUAACAGCGAGGCAGAUGCUCAGGCGAACUUGGGAGUACAUCUAAGGGAUCAUCAAGUGGUCGUGGUGGAUGAGAAAAAUUAAGUUUUGCUCGAAUGGUAUGAAUUUAGUUGCUUGAAUGGUCUGAUGAAGCUCCCCUUGUUACUGCGCUGGGUUCCGUCUUAAAAAAUAGCUUCCAAGCAUCCAUCACAUCUCUCCCACAUGUUUCUAUUGGCUCAGUUUUUGGUUAGCCAUUUUGCUGGUUAAUGUGUUAUGUACCACAUUGCCAUCUUUAAUCUUUCGGCAAUAUUCUAGGACUGAGGGAGUUUAGCCUUGUCACAAGGGAAUACUAGCUACAUUUUUUUCUUAUUGCUUCUUUCUUAAUCUGCUACAGUUAGUUCAAAGCUACAAAAGUUAGAUGACACAACUGUUGGUGUAUAUUAUGGUCGCGUUGUACUAGGUAUCAAUCUCGUAUGACUUUAUUAACGUUUUA